AUGACGACCGGCAAGAACGUCCUCAUUGUUGGCCCAGGCUUCAUCGGCCUGAAUAUUCUGGAUUAUCUCGUCCAGGAGAACUACAAAGUCACCGGCCUGGUCCGACGAGCAGCCCAUGCACAGCAGAUUCAGCUAUCAGGUGCCAACGCAGUCGUCAGCGACCUCGACGACAAUAUCACAAUAAAAAGGCUGACGAUCGAGAAUGAUAUCGUCUUCCACACCGCAACCGCCGAUCAUCAGCCGUCCGCUGAAGCCAUCUGUGCAGGAGUUGCAGAACGGGCGAACCAGGGCAAAUCGACAAUAUAUAUCCAUACCUCCGGUACGAGCGUGUUGGACGACAAGUCGCAGGGCGCCUUUGAGAACGACAAGAUAUAUUAUGACAACAAGCGAGAGGAUAUCGACGCACUGCCAGAUUCUGCACCACACCGGAAAAUUGACCUCGCCAUCCUCAAAGCCCAAAAGGAUAUUGGCGACAAGGCCAAGAUUGCAAUCAUGAUUCCGCCGCUCAUUUACGGUUAUAACCCACAUCACAGGCGUCUGACAAUCCAGAUCCCGACACUGACCCGGUUCGCGCUCAAGCAUGGAUAUUCAGGCCAUGUUGGCAAGGGGUUGAGUGUAGAAUCUCAAAUACACGUCGUGGACCUUGCCAGAGCGUAUGUGACCUUGCUGCACCACAUGGAAGCAUCGUCUCCAGAGACUUUUCUGAACAAUCCAUACUUUUUUUGCGAGAAUGGACAUGACACCUCCUGGAAGACUGUUGCAGAAAUGGUUGGCAAGGGCUUGCACAAGGCAGGAAAGAUCCCCGAUCCGACUCCCAAGACCAUUCCUGAAGACCAGUAUGACGAUUUGUUCGGGCCAUAUACAGCUGCAGUGGUCGGCCUCAAUUCACGCAGUCGGGCAGUCAGGUUGAGGGAAUUAGGCUGGGAGCCCAGAGAGCGAAGUUUCCAGGACAGUUAUGAGAUCUUUGAGUUGCCAGAGAUUUUGAAAGAGGAGGGUGUCGAAUUCAAGGGGUAUCAGGGGACUGCGGCAUCUUGA